UGGAAGCAUCGGCAGGGCAUCCGAUUCCGCCUUUAUACGCCAAUACGUUUCCACUUGCAUGCUGACUUCUGAGCUUUCAUUCCCCGGAAUCAGCACAGGCACGGGCACCAGGUCUCGAUCUCUCUUUCAAUGGCGAACUACAACCCCGAUUUUAAUAAUACUUUUCUUUUUCCCUCUACAUCAAUCGCUUAUUCUCCAUUUUCUUCUUCUUCUUCUUCUUCUCUACCAUCGUAUUAUCCUUCUUCUCCUAGUGAAACUUCUGCUUCUCAAUCUUCUUCAAGUCUUCCCCUACUACCUUCCCAACCUUCUUCAAGUUCUGUCCAUCCUUAUGCUGCUGCUGCUCCCGCGCCUGUCUCUUCCGCUGCCUCCGCCGAUGAUGGAGCGUUUGGAGCUACCAAUAUUGCCAAGUCUCCACAGGAUAUUGCUCCAGGUGCAGAACCUGAUAUAGAUUUGCGUGAUUGGAGAGUUCACUUGCAGCCUGAUUCACGACAACGAAUUGUCGAUAAGAUAGCAAAGACACUAAAGAGACAUCUGCCAUUUUCUAGUGAAGAGGGACUGCUAGAACGGAAGAAAAUUGCUGUAAGGUUUGAGGAAGAGAUUUAUGAUGCUGCCACAAGUCAGUCUGAUUAUCUUCGGAAAACUAGUUUGAAGAUGCUUAAAAUGGAUAUGGAGACCAUUGCUCAAGAUGAUGUGGCCAAUUCAGCGCAAUCCAACUCUAGUGUCUGUAGCAAUGAACUCCAGGUGCAGGAGAAUCUGAUGGAUUCCAGCAAUUCGAGGUAUACUGCUCCAGGUGGAGAACCUGCCAUAGAUAUGUGUGAUUGGAGAGUUCACUUGCAGCAUGACUCGCGACAAAAUAUUGUCAACAGGAUAAUAGGGACACUAAAGAGGCAUCUGCCAUUUUCUGGUGAAGAGGGACUGCUAGAACUGAAGAAAAUUGCUGAAAGGUUUGAGGAAAAGAUUUAUGUGUCUGCCAUCAGCCAGUCUGACUAUCUUCGGAAAAUAAGUUUGAAGAUGCUUACAAUGGAGAGCAAGGCUGAAAAACAGCGUUCCAAUUAACCCCUGGUUCAGGAGAGGCAGUGAAUCCUCGGCCAAGGCUAUAGGAACAAGGUCUCAGGAUUGGAAGAAGGAAGUUUCUCAGAUGGCAUUUUACAUUAGCGGAGUUUGUUGAGCUGUUGUGUGUGUGGAAAUAAUCAAAUCUGUUGUAUCUGUUUGUAAUACAUUAGCUAUAUUACUCUGUAAGAGAUUUAAACUGUUGUAAUGUUGAUCAGAUGAUGAAUAAUAACCGUCUUCCUUCUUGAUUCUCUA